AUGGGCCCGGAGCCGGAGGCCACCACACCGCCACGACCCGAAGCUGCCCCCCAGGAGGAGGGCACCAGGUCAGCUGCGACGACCGAGGCACCGACGACAGCGCCGGGUGUUGAGGUCGGGCCCUCACCAGCUGACCUAGCAGCAGAGGGGGCCACUGCCACGGCGGAGGCUGCUGCGCCAGAGGCAGCGGAGGUGGUGGAGGUCGCGGCACCAGAGGCGGCAGAGGCGGCUGCACCGGAGGCGACAGAGGCGACGGCUCCAGAGCCAGCAGAGGCAGCGGCUCCGGAGGUCGCCGAAGUUGCCAGCAGCACCCACCCACCGGCAGAGGAGGAGGAACCGGAGGUGGUGUUGGGAAGGCGGCUCCAGGACGCGGAGGCCGGGAUGCAGGACCUCCUGGAGACGGAGGGGCGAAUAGUUGCUCGGGAAGUGGCUGAAUACAUCCUCACCAGCUUCCGGAGCCACGACCCCUCCAUCCAGCUGACUCCAGUUUUGGUCGGACCCAUCCGGGCAACGGCGGCCGCCGCGCGGGAAGGAGUCCUAGAGGCAGCGGAAAUGGUCGCAUCACGCCUCCAACGCCGUCCUGAACCUGCAGAAGGUGGGAGUGCCUCCGGACCGCCAGGGCAGUAG